AUGGGGUAUGAAGGUCUAUUUUGUGUGGAUCGUGUUGGUUUAAGUGGUGGGUUAGCUUUAUUCUGGCGGGAUUCAGGGAUGGCAUCUCUUCUUAGUUACUUAAAUAACCAUAUUGACGUGGAAGUGCAUUUACCAGGGAAACCGGUGUGGAGGCUCACGAGCUUCUACGGACAUCCUGAACGAUCAAAGAGACAAUUGUCUUGGGACCUCCUCCGGAAGCUUAAAGAUGAUUCAACUCUGUCGUGGGUUGUAAUCGGUGACUUCAACGAUAUUACUAGUCAAUCGGAGAAACGAGGUAUUCAUGCCCAUCCUAUUAUGCUCAUUGACGGUUUUAAUGCGUCUUUGAAUGAUUGUCAUUUGCUGGAUAUGGGAAUGAGAGGUAAUCAGUUCACAUGGGAGCGGGGCCGUGGAACUGAGUCAUGGGUUGAAGAGCGUCUUGACAGAGUGGUGGCUUCGAUCGAAUGGGCUGAGUUAUUUGAAGAGGCAGUGGUGUACAAUAGUUACACGCUAUCAUCUGAUCAUUGUGCUAUAUUUUUGGAAUUAGAGUUCCGGCCGACCCGUGCUACUAAACAAAAAUUUAAGUUUGAAACGGCGUGGGUACAAGAUGAAGGUUGUCGGGCAAUGAUCGAGGCUUCAUGGCAACAGACCUUGGGCUUGGAUUUCCCGCGGCGGAUUGCUCACUACGAUGCCGAAAAGGAGCUUGAGGGGUUAUUGAGACAGGAAGAAGUGUAUUGGAAACAGAGGUCAAAGCAGAUGUGGCUUAAGCAUGGUGAUCUGAAUACAAAUUAUUUCCACAAGUUUGCCACUUCCCGCCGCCGUAAUAAUCACUUGCAACGGCUUCUAAAUCCGGAGGAUGUGUGGACCGAGAGUAACGCUCUCAAUCUUGAAGUACUCAGGUACUUUAAUCACAUUUUUCACUCAGCCGGUACCACUUCCAAUAUUUUCCCCCAUGUUCGAUCCCGAAUUACUGAAGAGAUGAAUGCUGAUCUUAUGCAGCCUUUCACUAUUGAAGAGAUCAAAGCCGCUCUUUUCUCAAUGGCCCCCGAUAAAUCUCGAGGCCCUGAUGGUAUGUGCCCUUCUUUUUAUCAGAAUUAUUGGUCAAUUAUUGGGCAUGAUUUAUUUAUGUUUAUUAUGAAUUGCUACAAUAAUUGUGCUUUCCCGGAGGGGCUAAAUGACACAAACAUAGUGCUUAUUCCCAAGAAAAAGGUGCCGGAAAGGGUUUAUGAUCUUCGGCCGAUUGCCUUAUGUAACGUGGCGUAUAAGAUUUUGGCAAAGGCACUUGCGAAUCGCUUGAAGGUCAUUUUGGAAAGUAUCAUCUCCCCCACACAAAGUGCGUUUGUUCCAGAUAGGUUAUUAACCGAUAAUGUCAUUGUUGCGGGUGAAAUUGGGCAUUACUUGCGACGAAAGAGCACUGGUUAG